AUAUCGUUAACCGGGAUAUCGCGUGUUGGACGGGAGGAGGAUCAAACAGAUGCGUGGAUCACCUUUUGUGCCCUCCUGAGCUUUCCGAUCCUGUAUGCGGGAGGCAAUCUGAGCGCCGUCAACGCCAUUCAUUUUGGCACGAGUGCGGCCACCGAGUCUGGGUUGAACACAGUCGAUCUUGCCAACCUCCCGACGUACCAGCAGGCAUACCUCUAUAUAAUCCCGUGCAUCACCAAUCUAGGCGUCAUCAACAUCGUCGUCGUCGUCGUUCGCCUCUGGUGGUUCAGGAAGCACCUGAAGAGACUCGGUAGGCGAGCGUCAGACCCGGACCCCCCUUCAUCUCGUCACGCGCUGACACCUAGGAAAGCGCCGGCGCUGUACGAGGCUAAGAGAGGCGGUGCCUCCCGCGACGUGGACCCUAGGGCCGUUGAUGUCGAGGAUGCGCAUCAUGUUCGCCCCUUGUCGAGCAGUGCAGCCGACCGCCGGGGCCAGGUCGUAGAUGCAGGGACUCGGGAACCUGUCGAUGACGGUGACUCGAUGGACGUCGCUCCUCCCGUGGAGAAGAAGGACGACGGACCGGUCCAGCACAUCAAGUUUGACCCUUCCGCCGAUAACCACCCCAAGAAUGACGAAGGGGCACUAUACAUACCAGGCCCGCGGGACCGUGACCAGGGAAGACCGUUCGUUGAGCUGCAUGGGAAGCUGUCGACGAGUGACGACAAUGAUCGUGAUGAGACCCCUGGGUCCAAUCAACACGAUACACUCCGUCGUCGCCGCGUACCGCAGAACUACGGUGACACCGUCACUCUCGACCGCGUCGCCACGGUAGCCUCAUCCGUCUUUGUCGUCGGGCCUGAUGUGCGGCGCGUCGUGUCCAGAUCGCGAUCUCAGCAGCAGCAGCAGCAGCAGCAACCCCAGCUGAACAGCAUGCCUAUCCUGUCCAACCAGGCCACCGUCGGCCGUAACUCGCAAUUUCGAAACCUGACGUCGGAGGAUCGCGAAGCUCUCGGGGGCAUUGAGUAUAGGAGCCUCAAGUUGCUCCUCAAGAUCAUCGUCGGUACGUCAGCUCGGCCUCUGCUCACUACAGGGAGUGGCUGGCAGAAUGCGGCCAGGGGGAGAUUUGGUGGUGAGUUCGGCCUCGCUGGAUGCAGGAAGGAUGAGACGGCAGGUGAAGGCUCACACGCGCGCGGUCACAGGGCGUUCUACACGAGCCAGACAAUGGUCAACAACCUCGGCCUCACCCUGACACCCGACUCGAUGAUCACGUUCCGCGAUGCCGAGUGGCCCAUGUUCGUCAUGAGCUUCCUCGCCUUCGCCGGCAACACCUUCUACCCCGUCUUCCUCCGCCUGAUCAUCUGGGUGGCGUACAAGGCAUGGCCGACGUCGUCCCCGUCAGGCAAGGACGCGCGGGACUCCCUCCGGUUCCUCCUCGACCACCCGCGACGGUGCUACACGCUCCUCUUCCCCGGAAAGCACACCUGGGCCCUGUUCGUCAUCCUCUUCAUGCUCAACUUCAUCGACGCGCUCCUCAUCAUCGUCCUGGACCUGCACAACCCAGAGGUGGCCUCGCUGCCCUUGGGCCCGCGGGUACUCGCCGCCAUCUUCCAGUCGGCCUCGUCCCGGCACACGGGCACGGCAUCCUUCGCCCUCGCAAAUGUCAACCCUGCCGUGCAGUUCAGCCUCCUGGUCAUGAUGUACAUCUCCGUCUUCCCCAUCGCCAUGUCCAUCCGCGCCUCCAACACGUACGAGGAGAGGUCACUGGGUGUGUACGGGCCCGCCGAGGUCAACCCUGACGACGACGGGAGCCAGCAGCAGCGCAGCGGCGCCGCGUACCUGCUCAGCCACAUGCAGAACCAGCUCAGCUUCGACCUGUGGUACAUCUUCCUGGGCAUCUUCUGCAUCGCCAUCUCCGAAGCCGAUCGGAUAAUGGAUGAUGAAGAGCCUGUGAGCGGUCACCCCUCCACCCUCUCUAUCCUUCCUCAAACCGAAUACGUCUUGCUGAAUCUGACGCGCGGCGUUUCCCAGGCCAUCAAUCUGUUUUCGAUAUUCUUCGAAUGCACCUCUGCCUAUGGAAAUGUCGGGCUCAGUCUCGGAUACCCCGGCGUCAACUUCUCGCUGUGCGGAAAGUUCAAGACGUUUAGCAAGCUGGUCCUCUGCGCCAUCAUGAUCCGUGGACGGCACCGUGGUCUUCCCUACGAGCUUGAUAGGGCCAUCAUGCUACCAGAUGAGCACCUCAUUGCCGACAGGUCGACAACUCGUGAUACUGCAGCGGCUGCCGACCAAGAUGAAUGA